CGCUUCGCUCUUUUCCAACAGCGACGCAACGAGCUCGUAACGCCCGUACCCUCGCACGCGCGCAGAGAGAGAGAGAGAGAGAGAGAGAGAGAGCAAGUGAGCAGAGAAGAAGAGGAAGGAGCGAGAAGCCUGGGAAGGGAGAGCGAGCGCAACCGAAUCGAUAUGAAGCCGGAGAAGGCAGCGGUGGCCGUGGCAGCCGGCGGCGGCGGCGACGAGUGGCGGUGCCGGAAGCACCCGGCCGCGCCGAGAUCCGGCGGUGGGGUGUGCCCGUACUGCCUCCGCGACCGGCUCCUCCGCCUGUGCCCCAACUGCGCACGCGUGCGGCCCUGCCCCUGCGCCGCGUCGUGCGCCUCCCCGUCCUCCUCCUCGGCGUCCGGCGACGCGGUGGGCCGCGUGCACAGCCUCAUCGAGCGGGAGCACCGGAUCGCGCGCUCGCGGUCCGUGGCCGCGGGCUCCUCCGCCGCGUUCGUCGCCGCCGUGGGUGCCCCCUCCGCGGCGGGGCCCACCUCCGGGGGCGGCAGGCGGAAGGCGCGCGUCUGGGGGUGGCCGCCGUUCUGGAAGCCCGCGUCGCGGGACGGGGACGCGGGGAUGGGGGAGGACGAGGAGGAGGGGCUGGGCCUGCCGCGCUCGAGCUCCGUGUCCGCGACGGCCGUGGAGACCAAGACCGCGGCGGCGGCGGCGCGCGCGAGGUGGGGGUGGCACUUCCCGAGCCCGCUGAAGGCGUUCCGGCACCGGAGGUCGUCGGCGAGCGUGGCCGGGCGGGCGUGAGCGCCAAGGUACACCGCCCCCUUCUGGAGAUGGCCGGAAAAGCGAUUCGCGGGUGGGGGUCAUGUGGCCGGGGAUGGUUAAUUAUUAAUUUUAACUGUAUAAGGCGGUGGAUUAGAGGAGGAGCGUUGGAUCUCCUUUUUCUCCUUUUGUUGUGGCGUGCCGCUAAUUCCAUGAUUAAGUUAGACGGGGAUGCGAAAGCCUGCGAUCUGGGCGGGAUGUGUGCAUAUGCUAGUGGGUGAUCUCCUCAUGGCUUCCCUUCACCUUUUGUAGUGUGCUUGUACCCGACUCUGUAACACACCAAAUUGGAUAUUUUAAGCUCUCCAAUUUGUUCUGGCUUUUUUCUGUACUGCCACAUUCGCCCUCA